AUGGCAGAUCAUGAGCAUUUUGCCGAAGAGGAACGGAAAGUCGUACAGGAAUUCUGCUAUUUGUUAGAGAAGUCCAAGCAGUUGUUUAAUGGAUUAAGGGAUUUACCUCAGUAUGGACAUAAACAAUGGCAGUCUUACUUCGGGAGAACAUUUGAUGUUUAUACAAAAUUAUGGAAAUUCCAGCAACAAAACAGGCGCCGUUUGUAUCGGCAUGAAACCUCUUACAUGGACUCUGUAAAUGUUAAUAAUUGCUAUACUCGUGGGGAUAAGUUUUUUGUUCAAGAAAAUGGUGACAGAACAGGAAAGCGAGAAAACCCACAUAAAUAUUUAUUAUAUAAACCCACAUUUGGUCAGCUUUUUACCUUCCUUUCAGCAGGAUUCAAGGAGUUACCUCCCAAUGCUGCUCUUCUUAUAUAUCUCUCAGCGGACGGCUCAUCAGGAUCAGAAAGACCAGAGGAUGAAGGAGCGUAUGACUAUGGUGGUGUAGUCACUAAUAACAGACGUGAACCAGGUGAACCAUUACAAAUGAAAAGGUCUCACUUACUUAAAGAAAUGCAUUGUUUACAUCCAGGAGACUUGUACCCAUUUUCAAGAAAACCUUUGUUCUUAGUAGUGGAUAGUACUAAUAGCGUUGUUUUUAAGAAUGUUCCAAAUCUGUUUGGUCAGCCAUUAGUGUGUCUGAUGUCACCAACUCAACUGCCAAAGAACUUACAAGAUCAAAACACAAAAGGCAAUUUAUUUACCCUGUUCAUGUACUCCCCUCUCACUGCAUUUUGUCAUGUGUGUGACAUUGGCGAUAUUCCAGUUGCAUUGUGGGAGAAAUGCCAAAAGCAUGUGACUAUGGUAACCCAAGAGACUGCUACACUCAUUUCAAAAUCAAGGAGUUUAGAUCAUACGUAUAUGCAAUUCUAUGGUGAUGAAUUCCUUCGUCUUCUCAUGCUCAGAUUUGUUUUCUGUUAUGUAACACUCAAAUACCACAGAGGAUUUAAAGAUGAUACAUAUUACCCACAAUCCCAUCCAGAGAUGAAAGGAUGUGACAUCCUGGAAAAUGUCAACUUACACAAAUGGAUCCUGGAGCUAGCUUCAAUUCUGGACGUGAGGGCGCUGUUCUUGGAAGUAUCAGAACUCGAAUAA